UUCCAAAGCUUUGCUGUGGACUUAAAGUCUUUAGGGAUGCUGAGGAUGCCUGUCCUGCACUGAUCACUGCCCUUUGUCCCUGUAGGGUGUGUGCCUGAAGGUGAACGAUAGGAUGUGACCAAAUAAUUAUCCCACUCUUUUAACUGGGUGGAGGGAGCAGCUCUGUGCCCGCCUGCUCAGGAAGGCACUCACGAUGGGCAGCGUUGGCUCUGUUUGGCUUGCGUAAGCUUUAAUCUAAAGUUGGAGAUGUUUUUAGCUGAUCUGUGUUAAUGUUGGGUGGAAUUAACAUGCAUACGGGGGCACCACGUGACCCCUGCCCUCCCCAUUUUGCCUCGCUUUAACGGAUUCCUGCCAAAUCAGAGCGGCCGGGCUGGGUUGCCGCCACCAGCAAGAUGCCCGCCGUCUCCGUGCUCUACAAGGGAGCCAUCAUCAUCAGCAGGACACUCAUGGGACCAUAUGGGAUGGAUCGAACUGUGCAUUGCUUUGAGUUCUACGACUGUGCCAAUGGACUGGGAAUUAAGGUGAUCGGCGGCAUCAAGGAGCUCACUGGAGAAGAAUAUGGAGUUUAUGUCAAGAGGAUCCUGCCAGGGGGUGUUGCUUAUGCUGAUGGGCGCCUGCAGCCAGGAGACCAGAUCCUGGAGGUCAAUGGAGAUUCUCUAAUUGGGGUUACCAGUGAGAGGGCUGUGGACAUCCUGAGGACAGCAUCAGCCACCAGCCACAUGCGCCUUCUGAUAGCCCGCGAUGAUGAUGCCAGGUGAGGGGUGGCAUCUUACACCAG